AAAAAUGAAUUCUAGGGUUAAUUGUCUUUGUUAGUCCUUAUCGUUCUUUUUUUCUUUCUCAUCAUCACAUCUCUUGAGAAGUAAGAGCUGUAUUCACUUUCUUUCUCUAUUUGGGAAACACAAAUUCAACCACCAAUCCUAACUCUCUCACUCUUCUCCAAUAAAUUAAUCCAUCUUCAUACCACAAACGGAGUUAGGGUUCAAAUAAACAUCUCUUUUUCAUUUUUCUUUUUUGUAAUUCAUUUUUGGGAUGUUUUAGAAGAAAGGGUUUUUCAGAAGUUGUGUAAAUGCCAUGAAUAAUCAUCAAAGUCAGAUCGAGGAAGAAGAUAAUAAUAAUAUAGGUGAAGAUCAUCAAACAAGAUUUGAAGCUAUGGAUGAUGUUGAUGAUGUUCCUUCUGAUUCCGGUUAUGCUGUUGUAGCUAGUAAUCCUACUUUGCCCCCCUUGAGAAGUGAUGCUGGUGGUUCAGAUCAACUCACUCUUUCUUUUCAGGGUGAAGUUUAUGUUUUCGACUCCGUUUCUGCCGAAAAGGUGCAAGCUGUUCUAUUACUGUUAGGAGGAUAUGAAAUACCUCCUGGGGUACCUCAUGUGGAUUUGACUGCUCAUAUUGAUAAGGGCAUGGGUGAUAAUGUAGUUCGGCGUUCAAGUUUACCUCAGCGAGCGGCUUCUUUGAAUAGAUUUCGCGAGAAGAGAAAAGAACGUUGCUUUGAAAAGAAAAUCAGAUAUACAGUUCGAAAGGAAGUUGCGCUCAGGAUGCAGCGUAAAAAGGGUCAGUUUACAUCUUCCAAGGUAAAUCCCGAGGAGUCAGGUUCUGCAGGUGUAAAUGGUACACCAGAUGAUUCUCAGAUAGAAAAGCUAUGUACACAUUGUGGCACCAGUUCAAAGACCACGCCAAUGAUGCGCCGUGGUCCUGCUGGCCCAAGGUCACUGUGCAAUGCAUGCGGACUUAUGUGGGCUAAUAAGGGAACUUUACGAGCACUCCCGAAGGGUCCGGGUGGAGCUCUAAUUUCUUCUCAUGCCAUAAAUGAGCAGAAUGUGCAGGGCGAAGCUAAUGGCACUGAUAUUGCAAGCACUAAUGAAACCUUUGCUGCUCCUCCCAUUUCUGCUCAAGGAGUUAAUAAUGACAUGCAACAAGGAGUUAAUAGUGACAUGCAACAAGGAGUUAAUAAUGACAUGCAACAAUAGUUGGGAUUGUAAGUACUGUAUGAUGCUUUAGGCAGACAGCUUUGACACCGUCCUAUGUUCUGGAACAAACAUGUAAUGUGUUAAUUCUCAUUCGACUUGAUCUUACAGAUUUGAUGUACAGAUCAUUCUGUGUGUUAUUAUAAAUACAUCCCCAUAUUAUUUACUUGUUUCUUCUACA